GAUCUAUGGCACUCAGCGAUGGACGUCGGUGAAGCGGUCGAAAUUUUCAACAGUCGUGUGCCGGCAGCACUGUUCAGCUGCUUUGAUAUCGUCCUUCGGCUGCCUGGCUUGCUACUCCUCGAACUGUGGUGGCGGAAUCGCCAUUUUACACCGGAUAUUUUAAAGCAAUCAUUCUCCUCGUAUCUCGAGAUGGAUCAGAUCAUCGAGUUCAUCCAGACUCGCAAUUUCGAUCAAACCGCCGCUCAAAUACUCAGCUAUGCUGGUUGGCUUUUAUUUGUGGUGCUUUUGUCGUUGACGUUUGUCCUGGUACCAAUUUUCGAACUUGUCGAUGUGUAUUUGCAUAUCUUUUCAUUAUUACUAUUUGCAAUGGCGCAAUAUCUGUCGGCGCGAUACGUUCAGCUGGAGCAGAACGGCGAUCCGGAUCUGAAAUUGGACGAUUUUACUAAAUUAGAACGGCAUGGGUUUCAUAUCCUUGCGCAGUUGGUGCUUUGUGUGGCGCUGAGCUGCCUUCUGGGACUGAAAAGUGAUUUGGCUCGAGUUUCGCUCGCGAUAUUUCUCAUCCCAGUGGUUGCUCGCAUGUGCGCAAUGCCUGUGAAUCGUCUCAUAAUAGCGCAUAAUGUGGCAUGCUCAAUAGCAAUGCUGCUCAUCUGCAUAUAUGUGCUGAACCGUGUGCCAACCCUGCUCGCCUGUAUACAGCAUCUGUUCUGGCAUCUCAAAAAUAUUUUAAUCUUCCGAGGCAUUAGAGGGGGAAUGGUAUGA